AUGGAACAUCCUCCUUCGUCGGUUGUACAAGUGGUGGUGGUGGCUAGCUGCUGUGGAACGGUCUCAGAAGCGGGUGGUUCUCGUUGUCGCCGGCAGCAAGAAAGAGAGAAGAGGGGUGGCGAUCGGAGCGAUGAGGUAGACGAUACCCUCCCCCAAUUAGUGACCACCACCCACCUUCUUGUCGGUCAUGCAUUUGCAAAACGAACACCUCCAUCAGAGUUUCCAUACAAUCUGGUUCAAACCCACCUUACUGGCACGAGCGACUUGCUAUUUUCCUUUUUCGAAGAUCGUUACGCAGAUUUGGAAAUGGAAUCAGAUACAGAACAUAAUCAUAAUGGCAGUAGCAUGAUGAUCGAGCAGGAUGUUCCACUUCCACAUAGCAAGCAGAUUGAUCCAUCAAAAGCUCGCUUUCCAUACUGCAUAGUAUGGACACCACUCCCUGUUAUUUCAUGGCUCCUUCCUUUUGUUGGUCAUGUUGGGAUAGGCAAAGAGGAUGGAGUCAUCCUUGAUUUUGCAGGUCCAAAUUUCAUCUGUGUAGAUAACUUUGCAUUUGGAGCUGUGUCUCGAUAUGUCCAAAUCAACAAAGAAAAGUGCUCCAUCACUCCCAAUCCUUCAACAUCAACCAUGUUCAGAAGUGAAGAAGAGUAUAGACUAGUGGAAUCAGGAAGAAACCAAUACAACACAUGUGGAUGGGAUGAUGCCUUGAGAAAAAGCACACAAGAAUACCAACAUAAAACCUACAACAUCUUUACUUGCAACUGUCACUCAUUCGUGGCCAAUAAUCUAAAUCGGUUGGAGUUCCAGGGUGGCAGGUGGAAUGUGGUAAACUUGGCUGUAUUGAUCCUGUUGAAAGGUCAAUGGGUGGAUACAAAAUCUAUGGUUCGAUCUUGUCUUCCAUUCGUGUUCUUUUUCUUCAUUGGAAUCACCUUUGGAGGCUUACUGUUUCAAAAGCUUCAUACAGCUCUAGUGACUCUUUCAUGUGGAUCUUUUUACACAUCUUAG